ACCGUCCCUGAAGCAAAGCCAAUUACGAGUGCGUCGGUGCGAACCGUCUUUAAUCCUUUCCUUCAAGUGCCGUGUUGGAACGGACACGGACUUGAGCACCCAAACCCAGCCACAGUCCGUUCCUCUUGAGAUGACGAUGCAACCCUGCAAAGCCGGAAUAUAGCACUGAACUGAACCUGCAUCGCCACACCGACACAGAAAACUCCGCUGCAACUGCCCUGAGAUCAAACCCGAGUCCGAUCGCUGGCUUCAGUGUCACAGCCACAUUCAAGAUUCAAGUCCGCUUCUCAACCACAACAACUCAAUCUCUGGUGAUUUCUUGACCUACGGGCACGGUGAAUACAGGAAAAUCAUCAGAUCCGCCUUUGAGGUAACUUCAAUGCUAUGAAAAGGAUAAGCUAGGAUCCAUGAGUCGUGAAUCUAAAUGAGACGUUUUCCCCGCCGUUGAGAAGUUUAAUGAUUCAAUUUCAUCAACGCUAGCAUCAAAACAAACCGUCCAAACCGUAUUCACAAUGGCAUCGAGAUCAGACCCAAAUGUUCCGCUGCUCAAGACGUGCCAGACGUGUUUUCAUGCCAAGAUCCGAUGCGAAAAAUCACAGGAGUCUGGAAAAUGCGAUAGGUGUUUGCGCCUGAACAAGACAUGUGUUUUUAAUCCUUCUCGGCGACGAAAGGCUCUGAGGCCUGGGCCGUCAAGAAAUCUUGAAGCUGCAAGUCCUACAAGAUCGAGGUCACCAUCCUUGACCUCAGCCAAUGCGACUUCAGCAAAUGUUACAGACACUUCACCUGGUGUUUCCACGACACCAGCCAGUAUUGAUACCGAAGCAUCUCACAACCCGUUCUCCAGAGGACUGUUGUCAUUUGAGAAAGGACAGGAAUUUCUCGACACCUUCAGAAUGCGCAUGUCGCCUCAUUUUCCGUUUGUGAUCGUUGCAGAGUCGGUAACCAUUCAGGGGUUGGUUCAAGAGAGACCGACGUUGUGUGCAGCGAUUCUCGCGGCAGCUUCACACGAGGAUCUCAAGCUUCAGCAAAAUUUAGGCAAGCUUUUCAACGAAAUUGUACUUGUCAGGAUGAUAAAAGGGCCUUUCGCAACUUUGGAUAUGCUACAAGGGCUGUUGGUGCAUUUAGCUUGGGCGCAUUUUCAUCAAGGAACGAUGAGGUACACCCAACACUUGUCACUUGCUGCAAGUAUCAUCUCAGAUAUGAGACUUGAUCGUCCGAGAGUGGCAAGUCUAUGGGCUUUGAGUCGAGAGAGCAAGCAUGGGUUUGGUGAAAUGACGCAUGAUGAGAUGAGAGCUCUGGCCGGAACUUAUUAUCUCUCUUCAAGUUCGGCUGUAUUGUUGCAAAAGUCGCACCACUUUCGAUACUCUCCAUUUAUCCUCGAAUGCUGUCACAGUCUUUUGUCCGGGGGAACUGCGCCCUCUGACAGACAUCUCCCAUACAUAAUCUAUCUUCAAAAACUCACUGAAGAGGUCGACGACGCAGUGAUUGAAGCUACAGGAGCCAUACGAGGGUCAAGACAAGACAAGCUGCCUGCAGAGCUACACAGAAUCAGAGAGCGAUAUACGUCCACAAAAUCUUCCUUGCCGUUUCCGCUCAGCGAGAGUCCCACAAUUCUUCUGCAGUUGCACGUCCUUGACCUCCUGAUCUGCCAACCCUCACCGGAUGGCAUCUCAUACGGCCCAAACGGUUUCCAAAGUCUUCAGCAAGGUGCAGAUCAAAGCCGACUUCUCGACUGGCUCUCACAAAGCAUGUCUGCUGCAAAGUCUCUCAUAAGCGUGAUCCUCCUUCUCCCACAAGGCGACGAAGACACGAUGCCCAACAUCGGCUGGAUCAUGCUGUACUGCGCAGUCUCUCUAUCAGUACGACUCGACCUUGUUGCAGCACAGCCAGAAAACUCACAAACUGCUGGUCAUCUUCGACGUAUUCUCGACAUGCCUCACACCCUUCGGCAGAUCGUCCUACGCAUGGAGUCUGCUUCAAACUCGAAUCCAGGGGAUGGUGAAUCAGAUCCAUACUUUGGUCUGGCGAGAAGAGCUCGACGUAUAGAGAGAUGGUAUCUUGAGCGUUGUGGUCCUGCCGAAUCGCCUGAAGUCGGAAGUCUUUUCGGAUCUACCGAGACAUCUCCUUCAAACCCAUUCACUGCAGAUAUUGGACUCACCCCAUCGUCUUUUCAAGAUCCUGGCCUUGUGCCAAGUCUUCAGAUAACAGGUGAAUCAGAUGAUACAUGGAUGACCAACAUAUUGGCAGAUCUCGAAGUUGACCCAGGGAUGGAAAGCUUGCUGUUCACUGGACCUUUUGACUUUCUCGGCGAGCGUCAACAAUAGCGUCGAGGGAUGGCUUUAUAUAAUCGUGUACGGAUACGGAUAAGGAUAAGGAGGAGCGUCGGAGUUGGUGAUAGCAAUAAAAUUACGGCCGUUGGAUCUUUCAUUUGUGUUACAUAUUACGUCCCAUAUACCGCCGGACCAAUACCCAAACUCCGUCUAUGUCUAUGUUCAUGUACAUCGUUGACUAUUUUUUACCCUUCUUCCCCG